UUCCGGCAGCACUCGGAAGCAGCGCGUGGGACACUGAGCGGUCAGCUGACUCCGAGUUGUCACGUGACCCACACGGGCGGAGGAGAUCCCACAGAACGCAUUUGUGGGAAUAAUAUUCCGCGUGUGUCUUCAGGUAAAGAGCCACUCGGCUGUCCCGGGUUAGCGUGUCCCGACAUGGCGUGGACUAAAUACCAGCUGUUCCUGGCGGCACUCAUGCUCACGACCGGCUCCCUCAACACACUGUCCGCAAAAUGGGCCGACAUGUUCUCUGCGAAGGGUUGCCGCGACGACCCGGACCAUCCGUUCACUCACCCGUUCGUACAGGCGGUGGGCAUGUUUCUGGGCGAGUUCAGCUGUAUCGCGGUCUUCUACCUCUUGCUGUGCCACGACAGACGACGCCCCGAGCCCCGGAUGAACCCCGGCCAGAGCUUCAACCCGCUCCUCUUCUUCCCCCCCGCCAUGUGUGACAUGACGGCCACCUCCAUCAUGUAUGUUGCCCUCAACAUGACGAGUGCGUCCAGCUUCCAGAUGCUGCGCGGCGCCGUCAUCAUCUUCACCGGUCUGCUGUCCGUGGCGUUCCUGGGACGCCGUCUGACGCCCAGCCAGUGGGUCGGCAUCCUCACCACCAUCCUGGGCCUGGUGAUAGUGGGCCUGGCCGACUUCUUCAGCGGCCACAGUCAAGACACCCACAAACUCAGCGACAUCGUCACAGGAGACCUUCUGAUCAUCCUGGCUCAGGUCAUUGUUUCAGUGCAGAUGGUCCUGGAGGAAAAGUUUGUCUACAAACAUGAUGUCCAUCCUCUCCGGGCUGUUGGUACAGAAGGCUUCUUUGGGUUCUUCGUCCUGUCGCUGCUUCUCAUCCCGAUGUACUUCAUCCACGCCGGCGCCUUCAGCGGGAACCCGCGGCAGGUGCUGGAGGACGCGCUCGACGCGUUUUGCCAGAUCGGGCACGAGCCCCUCAUCCUGUUGGCGCUGCUGGGGAACACGGUCAGCAUCGCCUUCUUCAACUUCGCCGGCAUCAGCGUCACCAAAGAGAUCAGCGCCACCACGCGCAUGGUGCUGGACAGCCUGCGCACGCUGGUCAUCUGGGCCGUGAGCCUGGCGCUGGGUUGGGAGCAGUUCCAGGGCCUGCAGGUGCUGGGCUUCCUGGUGCUGCUGGUGGGCACGGCGCUCUACAACGGACUGCACCGCCCCCUGCUGGCCAGGGUGCCGUGGUGCGCCGCGAUGGUGGGCGCCGAGGAGCCGGAGGACGGCCCCGGUGAAAGGGAGAGGCUGCUGGGCGACGGCAGGGUGCAGAGCACCGACGAGGGCUGAAGGGCCCGAAAGACGGGGACCGGUAGGCCGACAAAGACAAUGAGCCUUUCAUAAGGAUUGUGUGUCUCUUUUUAAAUACGGUCACAUCGCACUCAAAACUUUAAUAUUUGGGAGUGUGCAAGCUCUUUUAAAGGAAUGGUUUGGCACACCAGUAGUAUCUUGUAUGUAUAUUUGACUAAAAAGUCUCAUAAUUGUUGAAAUGUUCUUUCGGAGGAACAGAGAGGCCAGUCUGACGGAGCUUCCGUAUUAUAAUACAGGUUCUCUAUUUAGUUAAUUCAAGUGAAAUUUGAGUCUGUUUUAUAAUAGGCUUCCGACCCUCUCUUCUACUUUUUAAUCCUUAACACGAUGCAGAAGAACCAGCGCGGCUUGAUCUUUCCUCGGGUGCUGGACGUUACCGUAUCAAAAAGUUUUAAACCGAUCAAAAUUGAUAUCCGCACACAUUGAUCUAUGCAGAGUUCAUACUCUCUUCAAUCAGUUUAUCCUUGAACUUUUCUUUUUACUCACUUAAGCAAAUGACUGCAAGUUGACGACACCUUUUUUGAAGAUUUAUUCUGAUUUUCAUGAAUCGAUAAGGCACAUUGUUUGGGAUGCUUUUUUUUAACAAUGGGUAUUCUAAUGUUGAUGUAUUUGCCAACAGAAACCGGUCUUGCAGUAGUUAAUGCGUUCUAAUCAAGCUUCAGAGUCAUCUCCUCAAUCUGAGUGUGGUUAAACAGAAUGUGUACAGAAAUGCAUUUUUAAAAAGGAACUUGUGUAUAUUUGCUGAUCUUAAAGUUUUUUUGUUUUUACUGACGGACUUUAUCAAAGCUCCUAAACCAAGUGAUUUUACACCUGCUACUGUAAAUGCUGAUUAUCCUUUUCUUUUUGGUAGUUUAGGGCUGUCAUGCGCACUAAGAAAAAAGGGAAAGUCAUGAAAUGACAUGUAUGACAUUAAAUGGUGCAUUAGCAUUUUUACGGUUUUUGGCCUUCAGAAUACUACACUGACGUGAUGGAUGGGAUGUAAUGACAAAAAGAGGGAUUAAAAAAAUACAAGCCACAAAGACUAAAGAUUUUUUUUUUGUG